AUGCACCAACAAGCUCUCCUCGCUUUCCUGAGCGCUACACCCCUUUUCGCGGCCCCAGUUCCCCAGGACGCCAAAGCUCUCGACCACCCUACCUUCACAAUUACCAGCAUUGAUACGACCGCGAUCAAAGCACGCGGCGCCGUCGGCAAUACCCUCGAGUACCCACCAUUCAAGGUCGCCUCUGAUGACAGCGACUUUGUCAGGCGUGGCGGCAUCAAGCUCAGCUCCGCUCCCAUCUACAGCCCCGUGCCUGACUCCUUCGUCAAGCGCCAAGAGGGCGAAGCAGAGGCUGCCUCGGCUUCAUGGGACCCAUACUGCAUCCCAGGCGGCUCCAACUGCGGCCUGAUCGUCGACGACGCAACUGCCGUGAAGCGAAGCGAGCCACCUGUCGUGCUUCCCAAGGGCGUUAAGGUCGCCGAUGCUACCUAUGUGAAGCGGCAAGAAGCUGAUGCGACUGCUAUGGAGGCAGCAUUGGAUCCAUACUGCAGGCCUGAUGGCACGAACUGCGGUCUUGAUGUCAAGGCGACAGGUGCUGACGCUACUGCGAUCACGGCUCGCCAGGAGGCUACCAUUCAAGGUGAUCGACCCAACUUUGCUGCUCUGGGCGAUGAUGCCCGAGCGACUGCCAUGGGCGUUCCACCAGAGGUUCACGUGGUCAACGAUGAUGCGCACAUGGACGCCACUGCUAUCAAGGCGCGUCAGGGGAUUACCGCUGAAGAUGGUCGUCCGACUUUCGCGGCUCUGGGCGAUGAUGCCAUUUAA